AUGACUGGACGUUUAGAAAGACCUGCAGUACCUGUAUUAGUCAAUGCAACUCAUCAUUCAAUUGAACUUGAAUGGGAACAUGUUUUAAAACAAGAUAAGCAACGACCUGAAAAUAGAAGAUUAUUUGAUGAAGAAUCAGGUCUUGCACAUUCAGGUUCUUUAAUUUAUCUUCAUCAACGUGAUAAAAAAGCUGCAUCAAUAUGGGAAAGCAUUUACACAGGAUCAGCAUUAGGAUUUAAAAUUGAAAAUUUAAAACCAAAUAAUCAAUAUGAAUAUCGUAUACAAUGUAAAUCAGGUUUAACUGGUGAACGAUCAGAAUGGUCACCAAUAUUAUUAGCACCAACAAUACCUGAACCAAUGAAUGGUGAAACUGUUUUCAAAGCAAUUCAAUUACCUGGAAAAGAUCAACUUGAAAAAUUACUUACGAUAUUAGGUCAUGGAAAUCAUCUUUUGGAACAUCCAGAUAAAGAUGGAAAUUUACCAUUGAUGCAUGCAUGUGCUAAACAUGAUAUUGCAAAAGUUGAAUUAUUAGUAAAAGCAGGUGCAAAAGUGAAUAGUUCCAUUAGUUCAGGAAAAACUGCAUUAAUGGUAGCAGCAAGUGCAGGUUUUACUAAAGCAUGUGCAUUUCUUCUUGAAAAUGAUGCCAAUCUUUACGCUGUUGAUGAAAAUGGUACAACUAUUUUACAUCGUUCGAUUGAUAGUAAAAAUCUUGAGACAAUUACUGUGAUAAUAAAUAAAUUAAAUUCGGAAAAAAAUGAAGCUCUUAAAGAAUCAGAAAUGAAUAAAGAAGUUGGACAACAUAAAUGGACACCAUUAUAUCGAGCAAUAAUUCAUGAUUGUAAUAAAGAAAUAAUUGAACUUCUUCUUAAAAAUGGUGCAAGUCCUGAAUGUGAAGAUAAAACAACGAAUACAACAGGUUUACAAAUGGCAGUUAUUCGAGGCAAUCUAUUAACUACUGAAUUAUUAAUAGAAAAGGGAGCUAAUCCAAAAGCUUUAAGCAAAACUGGUAAAACUCUUCAACAAUUAGCUUCCUCAACAAAUAAACCUGAUUUGAUGAAUUAUGUUGAUUCAUUACCAGGUGCUACAAAAACAUAA